AUUCGACUGCUCCAAGUGGUAAGACUUCAACUAGUUGUCAAGAUCCUUCAUGUGGUCAAUGUAAGAAAACAUCGUCUAGUCGUCAAGAUAAUUCGACUGCUCCAAGUGGCAAUGCUUCAUCUGGUUGUCAAGAUCCUUCAUGUGGUCAAUGUAAGAAAACAUCGUCUACUCGUCAAGAUAAUUCAACUGCUCCAAGUGGCAAUGCUUCAUCUGGUUGUCAAGAUCCUUCAUGUGGCCAAUGUAAGAAAACAUCAUCUAUUCGUCAGGAUAAUUCAACUGCUCCAAGUGGUAAGACUUCAACUAGCUGUCAAGAUCCUUCAUGUGGUCAGUGUAAGAAAACAUCGUCUACUCGUCAGGAUAAUUCGACUGCUCCAAGUGGCAAUGCUUCAUCUAGUUGUCAAGAUCCUUCAUGUGGUCAGUGUAAGACCUCAUCUACUGACCAGGAUAAUUCAACUGCUCCAAGUGGUAAGACUUCAUCUAGUUGUCAAGAUCCUUCAUGUGGUCAAUGUAAGAAGGCAUCAGCUACUUCAAAAAGCAGUGUUUCAUCCACUGGUCAAGAACAUUCAUGUGACCUCUGUAAAAAAGACUCAUCUCAGCAAGAAUCUAAUCCAUGUGCCGUCUGUAGUGAGUGUUCCCAAAAACCCUCUCAACAAGACUCAAGAAGUCCCCAAGAUCCUACACUGCAGUGUUUGUACAAAGCCCCAUCAUCUGCAUAUGGUGCAUCUACUGAUCCUUCUACAACAUUUAGUCCACAAAAUAGCAUGUGUAAGGCUGCACCAAGUCCUGGUGGAGGUAAUGGUGACACAUUACCCACCAACAGGCCCAUUUACAUGCAUCUUUCUACAAAAUGCUGCAUUGUGAACUAUAGUGAUUCAUCAACUUGUCUUGAGCCCAUAACUGUGUAUCAUGAAUCUACCAUUCAUCGAGUAUCAGAAAUACACUUUAGGGAUGAACCUGAAACAGGCAGUACUCAAUCUAAAGAUGAUGCUGCUGUAUGUUCUGCUGAUGGUACUGCAUCAAAGGGCAAAAAGGUUAAGGCAGCGUCACCUGCUCCUCCCUCUGAGGAAGACACUUCUUGUCAAAGCUCUACAGAUUCUGUAUGUGAGGGAGAAGGAGAAGCAAAGGAAAAACCAUCAGCCACUUGUGAAGGAGAUGCUGGUAUCCAGGACCCUGUAAUGAUUGAUGAAAGCUGCCCAAUGUACUCCAUAUUGCGUAAAGAUGAGAGCUCAGAGGGGAAGACAACAGAUCAAGAUGAAUCUUGCCCUGUAGAAGAGAGUUCUUCACAAACAGCAGAAGAGAAGACAGGAGAAACGGAUGACACUUGCCCUGGAGAAGAAAAGACAGGAGCAGCUGCAGCACAGAAGAAGGCAUCUGAGGAAGGUGAGUCUUGCCCUGUGGAAGCACCUUCAAAAACAGAAGAGGCUGCAGCAGAGGAAUCUUGCCCUGUAGAAGGAACUUCUUCAAAAACAGAAGAAGCUGCAAAGACUGAAGAGACGAAGAAAACUGACGAAGAUGAGUCAUGCCCUAGAGAAGAAAAUGUUUCUGAGGCGAAUGAGCAGGAGUUGCCUACAAUUGUUGACAAAGGCUUCAAACGGGUAAACUGCAGAAUUGAUGCAUUGGGGAGCAAGAUGGAUGGUCUGAUAGACAGCAUUAAAUCACUUGCUGAUGUUAUGAACAAAGAGGAUGAGAAACAAACCCGAGGGGAACAAGAGCCAAAACAAAAAUCACCACAAGCAUCACCAGAAUCGAAAUCACCAACAGCACCGUCUCCAAGAGCAACAACCCCAGAAGAGGCGACACCUGCAACAAAGUCGGCAGAAGAAGGGGAGGCAGAAACAAAAGCAGAAUAAAUGAUGGAACCAGGACAACAGUGCAAUCCAUACUCUUCUAACAUUUGUGAAGAGACACUGUGAGGUUGUGUCUUCUUAAAUAAAACACUCUCUAAGGAAAGCCUGAGACAGUAGUUACAUUAGUGAACCCUGGUACAUUAAAAAGAAACUUGUAAGAAU